AUGCCACUCAGCAAAGCAAAACGGUACUCUCGGUUUAAUGUUGGGCACAUGAUGAAGGCGAGAAGAGAGAACCAACAAGAGGCAGCCAUUGCACACAUUUCAGUCGUGGAAGGUAAAAAGACUGUAAAUGCUUUAAAUGCCAAACGUAGAAGGCUUGAAAAUAAGGUAAAUCCAGUUUAGUAUAACUUCUGAAAGUAUGCAUGGUAGUUUAUUUGGCAAGUAAACAUGUUCAAAUUGCAAAUAUAUAAUGAAUAGACUCUAGAAGUUUUAAGAAUAUUAAAUGCUGUUGGAAGUGCCUGAAUCCCUCCUGGAUCAGCUAUGAUUGCCGCAUGUUGUUAUCUUGGUUUGUCUAUUGCCGGCCAGACAAUUAUCACUCAACAAGGUGUAUUUCACUAAGGACUAUUGUGUGAUUUUGUUUCUCGUUUAGAUUACUUCUCUAAAUGAGAACAUAAACAGCUUAGAGAAUGAUAAACAGACACUCGUACAACAUCCAACUGCGAUACUUAAUAGGAAGCUGAAACCUACUACCAAUAAAGGUAUAUUUUCUUGAAUAAUUCGGGGUGGACCGGCCUGACCUGCCAAGGUGGGGGGGGGGCAGUACUAAGUGGGAGCUGGUGAUAAAACAGCAUGUCGUUAUAUUGAUCAACCCAGAGCGUAUCAUCACUGAGGACCACCGAAAUGGCUAUUAUUAGAAUAUUUUUGGAAAAUAGAAUUGUCUAGAUCAUCAAAGAUGCCCCCAAAUAAACCAUUAUUUUCAUUAUUAAGAUGGCCUGUUGAUGAACGCUGAAAGGACAAAUACAAAAAGACGCAGUGAGACAUUUAAAGCAGUGACUAGGAUUCAUGGUGGCUUAACUUCCAAUGUAAUGACUACACUUUCAGGUUUAGUUGAUACAGUUACAACAAAAUUUUCAGAGAAAGACUUAGUUAAGGCUAUUUCUAAAAAACCCAAGUUGUGUGAGAAGGUUUUUCCUAAGAUUUACAAUCACAAGGUUAAGGAAUUUGAAGAAUCAGACCAGAACAUGUUACGCAGUAUCUCAACCUAUUUUUGCAGGGGUGUGAUGGGUAAGCGGAAAUACAGGUCUGUGUAUAAAUCAAUAUCCUCAAUGACAUAUAGCAGUAAGUCAACAAUGCAUAGUAUUAAAAGCAGGAAGCGAAUGAAAUUUAUGUCUUGCAAUGUUGUUUGUUUAGUGCCAUAUGAUAAAAUGAUGGCACAUGUCAGGUCUUUGGAGAUUGGUAAAGUGUGUUGUGUGAAGGAGGAUUUUUGUUAUGGGUUAGAUGAUUGUCAAAAAGUAGAAGGCUGUUACCGACAUUUGACAGAAUAUUUACCUCUGUUAGCAAACUUUUACCUUACACUGGCUGAGGUUUCAGGAGAAAAUCUCUUGUGGUUUGAUGAUGAUAUUAACAAUUUUCAUGUAGUUUUGGGUGGGGAUGGGGCCCCAUUCGGAAAAGAUAGCACUGCCUGUACCUGGCUCAUUAGUUUUAUCAAUCGGGCAAAAAUAUAUUGAGUAAUACAGAAAAUUUCAUGAUUUUCGGAGCUAACUGUGAAGAAAACUCAAUUGUUAUUGUGCGCUACGUAAAAUUUAUUCUACAUGAAAUAACUGAAAUUGAGAAAAAAGUGUUUAAUAUACAUGGAACAAAUGUUAGAUUCACAUUUUCUGAAUUUCCAAAUGAUUUGAAGAUGAUGGCAUUUUUAGCCGGUGAAUUGUCAGUUGGUGCAAAAUAUUUUUCAACCUUUGCCAAUGUCAACAUUGACAAUUGUGAUGAAACAAAUGGGACAUUUGGCUCAGAACCUGGUUGUACAUGGCAACCAUGGUCAUAUAACAAGAGAGUUCAGGUUUCGAAAAAGGUUAAAAAGUUUAAAGAAAAGGUGGAAAAACAAAAAUGUUCUUCCAAAACAAAGAGGGGUAAAAUAACUACAUUUAUUGCCGACGAAAAAAGCCGACAGGAAUUUGAGCCCUUACUUGGACAUUUUCUAGACCGAGCCCACAUAGACCCAUUACAUGUCAAGAAUAAUGCUUGCCAGCAGAUUUUUAAGCUGAUCCUAUAUCAUAGCAUUGGUAAGUCAAAUAUAACUUCCAAUGUAGCUCAUUUUAAUGAUCUAUCAAACUCAACAUCUUUCAGUCGACUUGUAAAUUGUCUCUUGAAGACUGCAAAGUUAGUUCGUCUUGCCAAGAAGGUAAAGCGAUGGUUUAAUGAUACCAAAGCGACUGGUCAAGAUUUCAAAUAUCGAUUUACAGGGCAAGAUUCUAGACUGUUUUUACAUAAUUUCAUGUUUAUCAUUGACUCCCUUAAAGAAGUAAGUGAUACUGAGAGACAAGAAUUUGCUCUUCAUACUUUUGCAUAUAUUUGUUUGCAGUUAAGGGAAAGCGUCUCAGUUUUUUAUAGAGUGGUAAAUGUUUCAGUAUCAGACAUAGAGUUGUUGAAGCAAUACUGUACAAAUUUCUUUCGAGCGUGUUGUCUAUUUACACGAUCAGUUUCUCCUACAAUUUGGAAUGUUGGUCAUCUUAUCUCUGCUCAUGCUUUGCAGGUCUUUGAGAAGUACCAGUUGGGUUUAAAUGCUGUCUCAAUGGAGGGUCGUGAAUCGAAACAUGUAGCUAUUGCUAGGUACAGCCGAAACACUACGCUAUUAUUUGGCUGAUAACAUUGCAUACAAGCAAACAUACAUUCCAUCAAGAGUUACAUUAGGUGAAUCCUGUCACUGUGGAUUUCAUAAGAGUUCCGAAGAGAAGUGUUACUAUUGCUCACACAAGUACAGAAAAGGUAUUGAAGACAGUGUUCGUGCUGGUAAAUUGCUUGUGGACAAGAAACUCGUUGGUAAAUGA